ACACGCUGCUCGCCACCGCCUCCUGCGCCGCAACCGAUUUGGCGCUCGCGCUCGGCUCGACUCGCGUCGCCUUCGCGGCCCUGCCCGUCAACUGGGUCCCCGCGAGAUAUGGGGAGAUAUGGGGAGAUAUCUCAACUGGGUCCCCGCGAGAUAUGGGGAGAUAUGGGGAGAUAUCUCAACUGGGUCCCCGCGAGCUCCGAGCGGCUCGGCGGGUGGCCACUCUCCCCGCUGCACCGCCGGCUGCGCGCUUGCUGUAGGUCGGGCGGACGCAGGGGAUGGCGGUGACUGCACGGCUGACCACUGCGGGUGCCGCGGUCGGGUUCGGGCAGGGGUCGCUCGCGGGCGACCACCAGAACUUGCGUUCGCUGCUCAAGGUGGUUGGCCCGACGCUAUACGGUUACCUCUUCGGCCUCGGCUGCUCGGUGGGAGUGCCCGCCCUCCCCUUCCUCUUUGCCACCGCCGUCUCGCUCUCCGCCACCGCCCUCGUGCUCGCCUCGCCCUCGCACGUCUGGGACCCGCCACCGCAGCCUCCGGCCGCGCGUGACGCGGGCGGUGGCGGCGGCAGUGGCAGCGGCGAUCUUGCUGCCGGGAGCGGCGGAGCCGGAGGCAGCGGGAGGGGCGGCGGAAGCUGAGACGAGCCUGAGGAUGCUGACGGUGACGA